AUGGAGUCAGUUCUGGAGGUGUUCCGCCAAGCGGACCUGGAGGAGAUUCCAAAGCGAAGGGUCCUUCAGAUCCUUCAGACGUUGGGAGCGGAGCGCAUGGAGACCUUUGAGCUGCUGCUGGAAGCUUACAGGGCAAGCAAGCCCGAUCUCUCCAGCGGCAACGUCCAGAUGUCGCCGUUUCUCACCUGGCUUCAGACAAGCCCCUCACAGGCCUCACAGGCACCGAAGGACUGUGGGGAUGAAGAGCAGAGGGUCGUGGAUGCCUUGGCACACCGCGGCGUGACGCUACGGAGCUUGCUGGGAUUCAUGCGGCGCUUGCAGGAGGUGAUGCCUCAUUACGACAUGGACUCCACAAGGACGGCCGAUGUCGUAUGGCAGGUAAUCAUCCCAGAAACGGCAGAAAGGGGGUGUGCAUAUGCGGAGCUCCUUCAACGUGGUGAGAAGCGUCUGCCAGACAAGAUGGUGUCGCACAACUGGGGCAAUCUUUUUUCCCACUUGAUGGCCGCUUUGUUUGCUGAUGCAGCUGGCAAGAGCAGCUUCCGAACAAUCUUGGCAUGGAUGCGGCUGGGAGCCAGAGGUUGGGACCUCAUUGAGGCGCAGCUCAGCGAUGCGGGACAGCUGGACAGCACCCGUUGGCUCUGCAUCUUCGCGGUGAACCAGCACGUAUCCAUCUGUGAUAAGACCUGGGGUGGCACAAAUGCUCUGGGCACGCCCUACAAGCCAUGCAGCUGCGGAAAGGAGAAGAUCCAUUCAGGGGCACGUUGCGAGAUGAACAAGUUCGAUGCCAUGAUUGCGCUCUUCAAAGUACGGCACCCACAGUACGAGCACGUGGUGGCCGUGGACGAUGACCUGCGUCUGCUCACGCGCAUUUGGGUCAUCGCCGAGAUUGCAGAGGUUUUCCGGAACCAACUGCCCUGCAAAGUGGUCGUCCUUCAGCCACGAGGUAUGGAGCUCCUGGGCCGAGUGAAGACGAUGGACGUACGGGAAGCCCAGGCCAGUCGGCCUGAAGAUGUUCAGAUGAUCCUGGCAAAGAUCCAGGACAAGGACGGGUUCAACGAGCGCACCCGCUCGGCGCUGAUGACUGUGGCUCACCUGAGCAGCCUCGAGCUGCGACUGGAGAUGCGCUACCAACUGCGUGGCAUCUCCUCACCCGAUGCGGAUUACGAGUUUCAGAGGAGAGUGGAGGCGACCCGCCAGAAACUGAAGGAGGCAAGCAGCUUCGACGAGGUGCAGGAGGCUUUCGGUGAGUUUCAGGAGCAGACCGAAGACUUUGCGAGCGACGACGAUCAGAUCAAGAUCAUGCAGUUCUGCGAUCUGCUGCAAGUUGUCGACCUCAUGCAGCCAGAUCUCUUCAUCCACGCCUUUCGGCAGGCUGCCAUUCCUGAGUCUGGCUACAGGCCGGACAUGACCGACGAGGAGGUACUGAACAUUUUCUGGAGAAUGCGGGCUUCCGUGCGGAGCAUCGAUCAGCUGCCACAUGUGUAUGUGGAUGGUCCCGAAUUCAUGGCGGCCGUUGGAAAGUCGAAGCUACCGCAGGCAUCCGUGAUCUGCCUCAGUUGCACACCGGAGUCCGAAAAUGAGAUCUUCAGAAUGGGCCGCUAUGUGCAGAUGAAGCAAUCCAACCUCCAGACCCAUCUCGUCACGCUCGUCAACCGCGCCAGCGAGGAGAAAGCUUGCGGGGUUACGCUUUAUCGCGGCUUCAAUGAGCCUGCCAUCUCAUAUACGGGCCGAUUCGAGGGAAAGGCUGUGGCCGACUUUGUGGUGGAUGAGGCUCUUCCAUUGUUCGGCGUACUUCACGAGGCCAACAGAGGGCACUACCUCCUCAAGGCCACCGGUGGACUUCUCACCGUGUGGCUUGGCACUGGCGAGCUACGAGAUACGACCUCGGCCAUCUCAGACAUAAUUGACAUAAUGGCAGGCAUAGCCCAGACAUUCCCCGACAUCCCCUUCUGCCUUCUGAAUUCAACCUUUCUGGAACCUGACGUGCUUGGCCGCUUUCUGUGCACGCAACGCGUUGCAGAGGGUUCCGGAGCCAUGGAACUAGCAGAUCUCGAGGCGCAGGCUGCUGUGGCAGUGCUCUUUCUGGGCCAGCUGGCUGGCAUAUCGAAGUUUCAGGGGGGGAUGGAACAGGACGUCCUCAGGCGCUAUGUUUUUCCACUGGAGCUGCCAUUCCAGGGCGAUGGUCUUUGCGACUUCAUCCAGUCCGCAAGAAGCGGGGGGCUGGAAGGUGAGGAGGUGCCCACUUCCGCAAGACCUCUGCUGAAAGAAACCUUUGUGAAGGUCGAGCGCUGGAAAGUUGCCGCGUGA